AUGGAUGGUGGAAUUCUUGUGGUUUUAGGUCCAGAUGGACCCAUGCCACAGACAAAAGAACAUAUCCUACUUGCACGCCAGGUUGGUGUUCCCUCACUUGUGUGCUUCUUGAACAAAGUUGAUGUGGUGGAUGAUCCUGAGCUGUUGGAGCUUGUCGAGAUUGAACUACGAAGGACGUGGAACUGUUGCAACAUUGAACAGGGAACCAUUAAAGUGGGUGAAGAAGUUGAGAUAUUGGGUUUACGUGAGGGGCUUCCACUGAAAUCGACUGUAACUGGGGUUGAGAUGUUCAAGAAGAUUUUGGAUAAUGGACAGGUGAUUGCUAAGCCUAGUUCAUGCAAGACAUACAAGAAGUUUGAAGCAGAGAUUUACGGUUUUGUUAUUUCGGAUUGGCAAGGUGUUGAUAAGAUUUCCUCACCACCGCAUACACACUACACAGCUUCCGUCCGAGCUGCAAUUCAAGCUGGUCAUGGUCCCUAUCUUAUGUCCUUGGUGAAGGACAAAGCAAUUCCUAUCACUCGGAUUGAUGAUGCUGUCGGAAGAAUCCUGCUUGUCAAGUUCACCAUGGGUCUUUUUGAGAACCCUUUGGCUGAUUACAGUUUUAUCCAAUGA